AUGAGUUUUGGUCUACCUGCCCUGAAAGUGAAGCCUGAGUAUGGCAGCAACAUCAAACCACAAGAAGGCCCGUUUGGUGUGCCAGACCCUCUGGUUGCGGGUCUUGGUGCUACCAGGUCCAAACUUGGUGUCUCACAUCCCCUUGAAGCAUCAGAAAGAAAUUAUCAUUUAAAUCAAGAAAAAAUGAACAUGGCUAUGCUUCGCAACAUCCAGGGUCUCCAUGCGCCACUCAAGCUCUCCAUGGAAAUGAAAUUUACCAGUAAGAUUGGUCACCUACCAUUCCUGCAGCGUUCAAACUUCCAGCAUGAUGUUCUGACUGGUAAACAUCUUGAUAUUGGUUUUGAAGAUAUCCUCAGCACUCCAGAAUAUUGUGAAGUGGCUGGACAACCACAUGCGGUUGUUGAGCGAUCUCUUGGUAUUCUAUGA